CAGCCUGCUCUGCUGCCAGCCGGUCCAGCCAUCCUAUCUGCCAGUGAACAGUGCCAACUGUCAGUGUCCAUCAGUGCCAGCUGUCAGUGCUCAUCCAUUCCACAUGCCAGUUCCCAUCAGUGCCACAUCAAAGCCACAUUUCAGUGCCUACCAGUGCACAUCAAUGCCCAUCUGAGCUGCCUUUCAGUGUCACCCAUCAGUGCCAGUCAGUGCCACCUAUCAGUGCUGCCACUCAGUGCCGCCUAUCAGUGCCACCAAUCAGUGUGCAUCAGUGCCGCCUAACAGUGCCAGUCUGUGCCACCUAACAGUGCCAGUCAGUGCCCCCUAUCAG